GUUUUCUCAUUUUUUUUCCGUUUUUUUACAGGGGAUUUCUACAACUUAACUUUGAAAGAUGUGCGUUGCGGACUAAGCUAUUUUGGUAACAUCAUUUACCGUUUCGGUAAUUACACCUGGCUUACCUUGAAGUACAUCGAACACGCAGUGCAGUCAUCUUCUUUUAUGUCAAUCAUGGUCGAAAUCUACUAUGUAGUGAUGCUGUGUUUGGCGUUUGAUCUUGUUUAUACAACAUGUAUAAAACCAAGACUUUUUCCGCCUCGAAGAAGGCGGUUUAUACUCCGCCGAUUUAUUCCGCGGAGAACUGAAAAUCCUGACAGCGAUAACGAUGCGUAUUCGAGCAAAUCAAGUUCUACCAUCUCAAUUGCUUUGCUCUUUCGUAGCUCGUUGUCUAGUCUCUCUGACGGGCCAGACUAUGAAUCUGGCGUCAUGGGCAAUGAAGAACCUCGCUUGUUUCUGGAAAACAAGCAAGAGCUAGGCUCAGUACAUCAGCCGGGAAAGCUCGAACUCCCUGGAGCAAAGAGAACCGAAUCUUCUCUUGAAGGGUUUGAAAGACCUGUUUGUUGCAUCAGGCGAUGCCGAAGUUGGCCAGUGUUGACCAUCAAAGAUCGUGGUUUUGAAGGAUCAUUCCUUCUUCGUGCUCUUAACAUCAGCAUGUUUAACCUCCACCGUUUGGUUGAGUCGAUGAAUGUGAUUUCACCAGCCAUGUCCUUAACAUCAAGCAACACUUCCUUCUACACCUCGAAGAGCAGUAUUCCUCAGUUAACCACCGCAAGGAGUUUCCCUUUUAGCCCUUUUUUGCCCCCGGGCAGUCGUUCCCUCUCUUCCCUCUCUGGGAGCAGCGCGGGUUUGCUGUGCGGUAAAAACUUUGAAGGAGAGCUGGCGUUAUCCACCCAGGCCAGCAGCUCUUCUCGAUCAUCUGUAUCCGAAUACAGCGAAGGAUUUGCUUGGACAGUGUACGACUAUCCUGUACCGGCGUCCAUCACAUCAUCGGAUCCCUUUCAAUACCAACUGCGGCGAUCACAGCAAGAGUACAUCUUCGUGCGGAGGCCAUUUCAUCUGCUUCUGCCCGCAGUCUGUGAUUGGCUUCGCGACAAUUUCUUCCCAGUGCGUGGUGAAGAGUCGAGCGGUGACGAUGGUGACGACUACAACGCUACCCGUGGCGGUGGUAGCAAAGAUCAACUGGCUGACGCGCCUGGACCUAGUGGGAUGAUGAUGUAUGGUACUCGAUUCUGGGUCAGCGAAGAUCGUUUCAGAAGUGGUGGCACAAGUUACGACACAAGACGAGGGUUGAGCAGCGAAGAUCCUAGCUACCUCUGUGUCAGUCAACUAAGCCAGAGCAACCAUUCCAUCCCAAGCGUCAAGCGAGAUACACCUUACCUCGUUAAUAACAUCAAGACCGAGGUGAUUAUGUGCGGUUACCCUGGAGCAAAACCCAACACAGUUCACCUCAGACCCUGGGGUUCGAUGACAGAACUUCACCAUCGGAGAAAUUUAAGAUCUCGAGUUCAUUUCUCUCUGCCGAACAUCUUUGAGGAGUUUGGAUUCAAGAACGGAGUCGCGUUUCAUGUCCAGAAUUUGGAGAGCUUUGCCGUCAAGAUAGACAGUCAUUCCUAUGAUGAAAGGAAGUAUAUCAUCACUGAAGAUACCUCGGACAGUAUCAGUGUUGUCAUGGAAAGAGUUGAGAGAAGAGACCAAAUGCUGCGCGAUGCAGCUAGAGCUAAAAUGGAGCAAAAUAGAGAAAGGCGAAGACGGCUUCGGAUGUUCAGAGAACACGAGGAGGUUGAAGCAAUAAGACCAAGACCAGUGCAGGUUCCUCCCUUGAGCUUUGUGGAUAUAUUCAAACACGAAGCAUACAAGCAAGUCUUCAUUCCUUUCUUGUUCCACACUGGCAAAGAAUUGUUGCUAAGCGCAAUUACAUGAUAUUGUCAAGUUCGUAUCCUGAGCAACUUUUUUAUAUACGACCUUGAAUAUAUGUGGAAAGUCCUAUGCAUGCUAAAACUACCUUGUGUAUAUGUGAAAUAAGUGUAAGCAGUAUAAAUAUCCCCUGGGAUAUAUGUAAUAUAACAGUAUAAAUUCUACCUGUAAUGUAAUGUGUAAUAUUUGUAUUAAAUCUUUACGAUUUAAUGAUAUUUUUGUGUGUGUUGAUUUUGUGACAAUUAAGGUUGCA